AUACCUAUACAGUUGUAUAUGUGUAGUGAUUAAAUGGCGAUUCGUGGUUACAUUGGUAUUUCAUAAAAAAAUAUCGCUCUGCACAAAUUUCUUUGCAUAAAUAGUGUUUAUACUUAUAAAAUAUAAAAAAAUGCGUUCUGUGGUAGAAAUAGGGGCUAGUGUCCCUGCAUUCUUGGGGAAAUUAUGGAAAUUGGUUAAUGAUUCAGAAACGAAUAAUUUGAUUUCAUGGAGCCCUGGUGGAAAAACUUUUGUUAUCAAAAAUCAAGCUGAUUUUGCUAGAGAACUACUGCCAUUAUAUUACAAGCACAACAAUAUGGCCAGCUUUAUAAGGCAGUUAAAUAUGUAUGGCUUUCAUAAGAUAACAUCUGUUGAAAAUGGUGGAUUAAGAUAUGAAAAAGAUGACAUAGAAUUUUCUCAUCCAUGUUUCAUGAGAGGUCAUGCAUAUUUGUUGGAACAUAUAAAAAGGAAAAUUGCAAAUCCAAAAUCCAUUGUUGCUAGUAAUGAAAGUGGUGAAAAAAUUCUGCUCAAGCCGGAGCUUAUGAAUAAGGUAUUGGCAGAUGUGAAACAAAUGAAAGGGAAACAAGAAAGUCUUGAUGCUAAAUUCAGUGCAAUGAAGCAAGAGAAUGAAGCACUUUGGAGAGAGGUCGCAAUUCUUAGGCAAAAGCAUAUCAAGCAACAACAAAUUGUUAAUAAUCUUAUACAAUUCCUAAUGUCAUUAGUCCAACCAACUAGGGCACCAAAUGCUAAUGGAAACAAUGUUGGUGUGAAGAGGCCUUUCCAAUUGAUGAUCAAUAAUGCAGCACAUGUCUCUACAAGUGAUGGCCCUUACUCCAGUAGAGCUAAAAAUAUUAAACUAGACAAAGAUGUUCCUUUAGAAGAUAUCAAUGAAGAUAACUUGGAAGAUGGACCGACAAUACAUGAAUUAGCGCAUGAUGAUGUAUUACAUAAUGAUGCCUCACAGGAUUCUUUAGACCCGACCAACUUUGUGACGGUUGAUAUAACUUCAAAUCCUGAAAUGUUUGUGGGUCAUAACUCUGCUGACCCCUCAACUGCUAUACAGUAUCAUGUUACUAUGGCAGACGGCGAUGAAGGGGAAACAGAUUGGAAGCUGACAUAUCCUGCUAAUCGCAAAAAGAGUGUGAGACCAACAAAAGUAGUGACAAAUCCUGGACCCGUUGUUACAUCACCAUCACCUAUGAUACCAUCACCAUCGCCUAUGACACCUUCGCCCACGUCUCCAAUCCCACAGAAUACUCUUGAACAACCAAUUAACAUUGUUACCAUGACAACACCUGGUACCUCUAAGCAAAAGGAAAAAGGAUCCAAAAAUAAAGAUAUAAUGUCAAGUGGUAAACAUCUUCUCUCCUCUAGUAAUUACAACACAAUAAGUAAUUCAGCAGACUUCAAACUGCCUGCUGAAAUUUUUGCAAGCGAUGACUCAGUAAGUGAUGCGGGAGUGACAAAUACUGAUGAUUUUACUAUAAGGAACAUAGUCCAAGAUACGGUGCAAACCGAACCAGCGGUUACAAUGUCCAAAGAUGAAAUGCUCGGUGGAGUAAAUAUUAAAGUUGAAAAAACGUUGGAAAAUUCAAAGCCAUCAAAGAAAGCGAAGAAAUCAAAGAAUAAUGAAGCUACUGAAUUGAACUUGGCUGACAUAAAGACUGAAUUACAGGAUUACUUUGAUUGGAACAACAUGACUCUUGCUACGGUGAACAAUAAUACAAAUGUGAAUAGGUUCCAGUCCGUGUAUAGAAGAGAUAACAUCGCCAAAAAUCAAGAUGAAUUUUCUUCCCACUUUGGAUCCAAUUCAAACAAGAACGACAUAGAUGACCAUCUGGAUACAAUGCAAACUGACUUGGAUUCUUUAAGAGAACUACUACGAAGUGACAGCUAUUCCUUGGAUACAAACACUCUAUUAGGGAAUGCUGAUGCGGGCGUAGAACCUGCGAAGUCUCUCGUCAUUCCAUUCCAUCAGCACACCAUGAAUGACUAUUUGUUCGGUUCCGAAGAUCCUUUCUAUGGGCUGUCGUUUAAUCCGAGCGAGGACAGGACAAAGAGCAACAAUAAUGCAAAGAAGAAAGGUGAUAUAUCAAAUGUGAGCGGGGAAGAGAAUCACUCCCAGAGCCAGUGUUCUGAGGACGAUGCUGAAGGGUAUCAGCUUAUCUCGUAUACAGGGAAUAUUCCGUAUCUUGAAGAUAUAAAUCUUCCCGAGUUGGAGGGUGAUAGCUCUCAGGAGGCUCCACUGUCGAUGGCGCCGAGCCCCAGCAGCUCCACACUCAACACACCGCGGGUUGACAUACAACAUACUCCGAGACCCUGAGGAAUCGCCAAAAAACACCGCAGGAAAAAGCCCAAGUGACUUUAAACAAUAUCAAUAAGUGAAUUUAAAGUGAAGUUUUUUUUUA